AUGGCCGAUAGCGAAAAACCCCGGAAUUCGGUCGAACCCGAGCGACCAACUACGUCGGGUUCGACAAUCUCCUCCUCCAGCAGUUCCUUCGAAUAUGAUCCUCAAGUGCACCGACUCCAGUCGCGAAACACCGAGCUUGACCUGGAGCGACGUCAAACUAGUGCCUCACGCGCUUUAAGCAGGACAGAGACACAACGAGCUCAGCAUGCACUGACUGUUGGUGAAAGUCUCACAUCCAGGCCAUCGAAGAAACCUCUCCCGCCUUUUGGUGGUGGUAAGGAGUACCCUCCACUGUUGCCCGCGCGCGAGGACUAUGUGGUAGAAUUUGAUGGUCCCGAUGAUCCUUUAUAUCCGUUGAACUGGCCAGUGCAGAGAAAAGUAUAUAUUAGUGCCAUCCUUGCAUUUACCAGUAUUUGUUCUACUUUCGACUCUGCCGUCUUCAGCUCAUCUUCCAGCCAUGUCGCAAGCCAUUUCGGUGUCGGUCUCGAGGUCGCAAUUCUCUCGAGCUCGCUGUACAUCGUAGGUUAUGCAUCUGGUCCAUUGAUUUGGGCCCCCCUCUCCGAACUUCAAGGACGUCGCAUUCCUAUCAUUAUUGCCAUGUUUGGUUUCGGCAUUUUCAAUAUCGCAGUCGCAGUCUCCAAGGACUUGCAGACUCUCUUGAUCUGCCGUUUCUUCUGUGGUAUCUUUGGUAGUUGUCCGCUCGCCGUGGUGGCUGCUGUUUUCUCUGAUAUCUGGGACAACCGAACCCGUGGUACAGCCAUUGCAUGCUUCUCUGGCACUGUUUUCCUCGGUCCCCUUCUUGCGCCCUUCAUCGGUGGCUUCAUCAAUAUGUCAUACCUUGGCUGGCGUUGGACCGCCUACAUUCCUGCAUUCAUGGGAUUCGGUGCUUUCGCCUUGAAUGUUUUCUUCUUGCAAGAGUCUUACCCCCCUGUAGUUCUCGUGGCUAAGGCUUCAGAGCUUCGUCGCCGGACGAAGAAUUGGGGCAUCCACGCCAAGCAGGAGGAAAUCGAAGUUGAUCUCCGGGAAUUGAUCGUGAACAACUUCUCUCGUCCCCUCAAGUUGCUGUUCAACGAACCCCUGAUCCUUGCUGUCACCCUCUACCUGAGUUUCAUCUACGGCUUGCUUUACUGCUUCCUGACCGCCUACACCCUGGUUUUCCAGCAGGUGUAUGGUAUGAAUGCCGGUGUUGGAGGUCUUCCACUGUUUGGUAUGGUCGUGGGUCUGAUGAUUGCCGCAACAUACAUCAUCAUCUCGAACAGAUGGUACAUCAAGAAACUCGAGGCUAAUGGUGGUGUCCCAAUCCCCGAAUGGCGCCUUCCCCCCGUGAUAGUCGGUGGUGCCCUCUUUGCUGCUGGACUGUUCUGGUUUGGUUGGACAGGCUUCAACGGUACUAUCCAUUGGAUUGUCCCGACUCUCAGCGGUCUCUUCACAGGCUUUGGUCUUUUGAUCAUUUUCAUCCAGUUGUUCAACUACUUAAUUGACACAUACCUCAUGUUUGCCGCAUCAGCCAUUGCUGCAAACACAUUCUGCCGAUCCAUGGUCGCAGCCAGUUUCCCACUAUUCUCCCGCCAGAUGUUCCAACAUAUGGGCAUUCAAUGGGCUUCUACACUUCUCGGCUGCCUGGCGGCUGUUCUGGUUCCUAUUCCCAUUGGGUUUUACUUCUUUGGAAGGAGGCUGAGAAUGAGGAGCAAGUUUGCUCCUUUCUAUGAAGCUGUCCAGGAAGGGCACUCUGGCGAAGAUGAGGCUAGAGCCGAGGAGACUGUGGGUGAGCCACAGCGCUAA